GCACCGGGCCCCCAGGCGGGGCCCCCCGGGCCCCCAGGAGGGCGACAGGGCACCGGCCCCCCAGGCCGGGCACCGGGCAUCGGGUCACCCAGCAUCAGGUCAUUUGGCCUCGGACUGCACAGCGGGCACCGCGUCAUCUGGCAAGGCAAGUGGGCUCCGAGUUCAACUGAGUAUGACCGCGGGCACGUGGGUCAGACAUUGGAUCGUCUGACUGGACAGCGGGCAUCGGGGUUCAACCAGGCCCAUCAAGUCAUUUGGGCUUCGGACAGCGAGCACACGCGUCAUUCUGGCAACGGCAAGUGGGCUCUCCGAGUCAAACUGCGCAUGAACCGCGGGCACCGUGGCAGCCAUUGAAUCGUCUGCGCUGAAACCAGGCGGGCAUCGGGUCCACCGGCAUCAGGUCCAUUUGGCUCGACAGCGGGCACCGCGUCAUCUUGGCAAGGCUAGGUGGUCUCCGAGUCAUCAGGC